UUAAAAAUUACUGUCGUCACAACAUUUUUCCAGUAAAUACUCAUCUCAUUUUAUUUUGAAAGCUUUGGGCCGGAAGUUGCAUUGCUUUGGCGUGGCUGGAAAGAAAUAGACGCGCAUUCAGCUAGUGGGGCGAACCUCUGCUAUGGCUGAGACCCACAGCUUACAGGACCUCCAGCAACCAGCUGUGUCCUCCAAGGUGUUCAUCCAAAGAGACUACAGCUCAGGCACCAUAUGCAAGUUCCAGACCAAGUUCCCCUCAGAGCUUGAGUCAAGGAUCGAUAAGCAGCAGUUUGAGGAGACCAUUCAGACGCUAAACAACCUGUAUGCAGAAGCAGAAAAACUCGGGGGGAAGUCCUACCUGGAGGGCUGUCUGGCUUGCCUAACGGCCUACACCAUCUUCCUCUGCAUGGAAACACAUUAUGAAAAGGUGUUAAAGAAGAUUGCCAGAUACAUUAAGGACCAGAAUGAGAAGAUCUAUGCUCCCAGAGGCUUGCUGCUGACUGACCCCAUAGAGAGAGGCCUCCGAGUUGUUGAAAUUACCAUCUUUGAAGACAGAAGUAUUGGCUCUGGAAGAUAAAAGAAUCCAUUCAGGUUGAAGACUCCUUAUCUUUCUGACAGCACAUAAUCAGAGUCCCGCUUCACCUAAAUGUUGUAUAGGAUUUUGAUCUGAUCCUCUUUUUCCCCCCCUGUUAUUUAUAAGUGCUCUACUUUCUGCCUAACCUUAUAUGUUUAUAAAUGUCUUCAUGUCUUUUUAUACUCAUCAUGACCUUAGUUGAUAAAGACCAGUCUCUAUGAAUUGUGCCAUUGUGUUAAAUGCCAUUUUUGAUUAUGGUAGUUUUGUGUGAUUUGACUUGUGUGCUUUAUAAAAGACAUAAAGUAAAAAAAAAAAAAAAACCCUCAAAAAACAUUACUGCUGUAGAAACAGGUUGGGAUGGAGUUGUUGGUAUGGUUUUGGGUAGUUCUCCACACAAUGUGUUUAGCCACAUUACGGUUGUUGGCAUUGAUGAUGCAGAUGUUCUAUCCGUGUAUAAAUGUCACCUUUUUUCUUGUGCUGGAGCAGAUCAUGUCUUUUUCACACUUGCAUAUUAUUGGGAUUUGUGAGCUGAAGUUGGGUGACUUCCAAGAUGGAGCAUGUUUACCUUUUUAAUAAGAUCACUUCAAUAGUAACAUGUCCUUCUCCUUCACUAAAAUCUUCCUGAAUCGUGCUCAUCAGCCCUACAUAUUUGUCAAACUUCCUGCAAUGUUGCAAACAACAUCCCCUUGUUCACAAUCACCAAACAGUCCGUGAUUGCUGUAUAUGGUGUUCGGACAACUGGUCUACUUUUCUUACAAUUAUUAUGGUUUAUCUAAAUAAAUAAUAAUUUCCUGAAAA